AUGUAUGUGCCAGGCCCAUGCCCUAACCGUGGUAACGGUUGCCCCCAAGCCGGGACCCACGAUAACACCCAUAUCCAUCUAGGUGGAUUUAUGAGUGAUGAUGGUUUGCCACCUUUCGAGAUCACUGUUUUCAAGAGCGAUCUCACGUCAGACCUUCCAUUUACCCUUACUGCUGACAGCCAAGUUUCUACUGGAUUUUCAUGGCUUUGUUUGGGUAUUUAUACCGAGGAGCAGCGUGCAUCUGUAGCUGGUCGCCAUGAGGAAUUUUACAGGGACCUUUUGACUACUGAUUUCAUGAGGGAUUCUAUGACGAAAGGCAAGGAUGCUUACGGAAUCUCUGUAUCACCAUUUGCUGUUCACUCUGGUGGCGCUGGUGUUGAUAGCAGCAUCCAGAGGGUUUGUGUAGGCAAGAGCGAGGUAUCGAAGGCUACGCUUACGGUUCGUAGCAGUAUCCAAGAGGGAAGCUAUUACGUCCAUUUGGCUUAUGCUUCACCUUUUAGGGAUCGUCCAAUGGUGUGUUUCAAGGAGCUGCUAACUGAUAUGCUCAAAUAUACGGAGCACAUCAGGAACGUCUGCUUCCUUGCUCAUGUUGACCAUGGUAAGACUACCCUUUCCGAUAGCCUUAUUUCAAGCAUCGGUUUGUUUAGUGAGCGUAUGUCGGGAAGGUUACGUUAUUUAGAUAAUCGUGAUGAUGAGCAAAGGCGCAUGAUCACUAUAAAGUCUUCUAGCAUCUCUUUGCUCUAUGCCGCUAAUGACUCUGGUAAUCGGACCAGUUGUAAUAGGCCCUUCAGCGAUCAGCCGUGUAUUAUUAACCUUGUAGAUUGUCCUGGACAUGUAGAUUUUUCGGUAGAGGUGUCUACCGCUGCUAGGUUAUGUGAUGGAGCUCUUCUCAUUGUCGAUGUGGUUGAGGGUAUAUGUCCUCAGACUAAGGCGGUUCUGCGUCAGGCAUGGCGUGAAGGUGUGCGUACCGUUUUGGUUCUUAACAAGAUUGACAAGUUGAUAUUGGACUUGAAUAUGACCCCUGCUGAGGCAUAUACUCGUUUGAGGGAUCUUGUAGACCAGGUCAAUGCGUUAAUGUUUCAACUGUAUAACGAGUACCUGAAUCAAAAUGCUGAUGAUGAUAUCGCGCGUGUGGAUACUAGUACUAAGAAGUGGUUUUUUUGUCCAUCUGAGGGUAAUGUUGUAUGUUGCAGUGCUAUCCAUCGGUGGUGUGUCAACCUCCCUGACUUUGCUCAACACAUUGUGCGUAAACUGAAUGUACCUGCCAAUAAGAGUGCUGGUAUACUAAAAGCUUUGUGGAGUGACAUGUAUUACUGUCCUCGUACAAAGGCAUUAAAACCUGGUCGUGGAUGUGAUAAGCCUAUUUUCGUUCAGUUUGUGCUCGAGCAGAUAUGGCGUGUAUAUGACGCUAUAAUGACGAAUUGGAGCCCUGUAGAGAUUGAAAAAUGUGUGAGAUAUACUGGGGCAGCACUGAGUCCGAGGCAAGUCCAGCUCAUAGGACAGGCGACUCCACCAGCCGGUGACGAACGUGAAGAGUUGUUGACAACAGUGAUGAGUGCAUGGUUACCUAUACCUGCAGGUAUCAUCCGGAUGAUUGUUGAAUGUUUACAUGAUCCCGUUAAGGCGUCAAAGAAGCGCCUAAAGCGUAUAUGUCCUGCUGUUUUGGACUACCCUGCCUACGAGGAGGUUAUCUCCUGCAGUCCUACAGCGCCUACUGUGGUCCACGUGGCAAAGUUCCUGGGAUGUGACCUUAAUAUGAUGCGUUUGACUGGUGACGUAUUACAUGGUGAUGAGCGUGCAGGGGAGUUUGUAGCUUUUGCUCGUAUAUUCAGUGGUUGUCUUAAGGUUGGGAGUCGCCUUUAUAUCUGUGAAAGCCAGAGUUCUGCUGGUGGUGGUAAAUUUGCUGACGUUAUUCCAACGGACGAUACACGUAAAACUGUGUUUGUUCGUCGUAUAAUGAUCUGUAUGGGAGCGGAUUUAAUUGAUGUGGAAACCGGAUGGCCGGGUAACAUAGUUGCACUUUACUUGUCACCACAUGACUUUGAUCCUGCUGAUCCUGGCGCACCAAGUGACAAUUCUCCCAUACGAAGCCACAAUAUGGACCAUGUUAAAGAGGUUAUGGCAUGGAUUUUAUCACUUGGCGAUCCUCAUCGACAGAAGGUGAAGAACAUGGGCGAUGCGUAUAACAAUCGUGGUCGAUUUACAAGGCAGGGUAAACUGUGUAGUGUGGACCGACACCUGACUUUGAGUAGUGACCCUGCGUUUCCAGGUUUCCCACCGCUGAAUCUUGAGUUUAACAACCCUAUCAUUCGGGUAUCUGUGGAGCCACAGAAUGUCAAGCAUACUAACGAGUUCCUUACUGGUUUAGCAUAUUUGUAUAUAUCGGACCCUGCUAUCGUGCUUGAUGUUUUGCGUUCUGGUGAGUAUGUUUUAGCAUGUUGUGGCGAGAUCCACUUGGAGCGUUGUGUGAACGACCUUGCUAACCUUUAUGCUAAGGUCCCUAUAAACGUUUCUAAACCGCGUGUAUCUGUUCGUGAGGGUGUUGUUAAUUUACAUCCUAUCGACAGCAGUGCUGUUGCUUAUUCUCGAGUUUUUAACAAGAUGGUGAACUUUCCCCCCUGGCAGAAUAACGCUACCGAAGAGCAGCCUACAAAUACGGAUCCCCUAGCUGACAUGAAGUCUGUAGCCCCAAUUAAAGGGAUGUACGGUGUCUACGUGACUACAUCUGCUCUGAAGAACGGCACUGAGUAUACGCUUACUGCUGCUGGCGACGUUGUUUUGUUAGUCCGUGCGGUCCAAAUGCCCCCGGAAUUACUGGAUUACAUGGAUCAGAACAACGAUGAUAUCAAGCGUGCCAUAUACGGCGGCAUGCCACAGCCGCAUAUCGCUGCAGGAUCAGCUGAGGAACGUUUGAGUUCUUACUUUGAGAAAUUGGAGAGUGAUGUGUUGUCCAUAUGGAAGUCCAGUACUGGUCAGCGUGUGUCUAAGGUUGAUAUAGGUCACCUUUGGGCCAUCAGUGCUAAUCGUGGUAGUCGUGCUAUGCUUUUCUAUAACGAUAACCAUGGUUUACAAAUUUUAGAAACCUCGGACCACGAUGGUAAGGUUAUUUCGCCGACAUCUCACAAAUUGGUGAGACCAUUACCAUUACACUGGCGAUUUCGUGACACUUAUCAGCCAGAAGAGGUUAACUCUAUCGAGUGUUCCAAUCUUGUGUCUGCUGUAGUAUCAGGUUUUGAGAUCGCAUCGCAGUUUGGUCCUUGUACUGAGGAGCCUUUGCGUGGUGUUAUUUUUGUGAUUGAGGGUAUUCACACCGUUGUUGUACCGUCAUCUGAGCCUAAGCAGGAUAGUGUUACCCAUUCAAGGUCUUCUCAUGACCCUCGUACAUCAUCAGGGUUACCAUGGCGUAUCCGUGAAGAUUAUGUGGAUUCUGACAACUUUUCUGAUGAAGUUUUGCAUGAUGUCCCUGAGGAUGUAUUAUCUGAAUCUUAUUUCGAUAACAACGGUGAAUUGAAAGGUACCCUGCGCAUAGGUAGUAAUGUGGAUUUUGCUGCAAACGAGGCUACUACAUGUGACUCUGGUACCGAUGAUCCUCCUGAUAUAUCAUCGCAACUAAGUGACGUUUUGACAUUUCAGUCUUCACGUAAAUCGUCAACCGGUGCUUCUAGUACUGGUAAUAUAAUUUCUGCUAUGCGUAAUCUUUGUCGGAAGGCGGUAAUGCAGCGUGGUCGUAUCCGUAUUUACGAGGUUCUUUUACGACUGGAGGUGCAAUGUGACCAAUGUGUGUUGGGGAAGAUUUACAGUGUGCUUCAGAAGCGUCGUACUCAGAUCGUAGCUGAGAAUGUGCGAAACGGCACCAAUACUUUUAUGAUAGAAGGUUUGAUUCCUGCUUCGGAAUCUUUUGGUCUUGCGCAAGACCUUCGUUCUAAGGCAUCUGGUGGUGUUAUUUUCCAUAUGCAGUAUAGUCAUUGGGAGAUGAACCCUGAUGACCCCUUUCCUGAGGCAUCUAUGACCGAUGAGGAAUUUGAAGAUGCUGGAUUUAACAUGGGUGCCGUGAUACAGACUAACGUGCCACGUAAGAUCAUCAACUACAUUAGGAAGAUGAAGGUUUGUUCUAUAUUUAUAUUUGUUUCCACUUUCACGCAGGGUCUACCUACUGAAGAGAAGGUGGUAGCUUCUGCGGAGAAGCAGCGCACUCUAUCGACUAAGAAGUGA